UUGUUGCGUAUUGAUUGCUGCGGAGCAGUGGUAUGGUCGUCCGGACACUCGGUCGUUCUCAUCGCCGUUGUCGUCGUCGCCGUCGUCGGUGGUACAGUCGAGUAGGUUAAGAAAGCGGGACACGCGUAUAGAUAGAGCAAAGUUCUACGUUUUGUCGUGAUCGAAAGCGCGUUUCGUCGCGUACGGUUCAUGAUUCGCGUUUAAUACAAUAUACGCACGUAAAUACAAAUUGGAACUACCUGCAGCAUUAACGGCGGCGGCGGCACAAGCUGCCGCAGAGUGUGACGACACCGUGGUGAUCCUCGAGCUACGGGCACCCUCGGCGACAAGGGCCACCUGGGAGAGUCUAGGAGCCUCCGCGAUUCUCGAUACAAAAUAUCACGGACGAACGAGAAUCGUGGAAUCGACGGAAGCAUGCCCGGAGAAACUUGGAGCGAGGGGCCGCGCGAGCCGUGCCAGCCGAUCGACGAGCAGAGAUCAUCGAGAUCCCUGUGAAUCCGAGGACAGUGGCGCGGAGGGACGAGAGAUAUAUCAGUGAACUUCGUGUACGGAGAGCUGGUGCGAUCGGUUCGAGAUUGGGUUCGUGUGAUAUAUUCGCCGGGACGAGUCAAAAAGAAAAAAAGAAACGAAAAUCGAGCGGAAAGGACGACGGAAGGGGGUGAACGGAAGGAAAGCGCGAAAGGGAAAGAGUGAGCGUGUGAUUGAGCUGAGCGAAAGGGAGGGAAAGGAGGAGAAAAAAAAAGAGAGUCAACCCCCCUGAAGGAAAAGUGGAGCGAUAGAGAUUGAACGACGACGGAACGGGGGUGACCAGGGGGGGGACACACAAAGGUGUUUGGGAGAAGAAGUAGUGUCACCGUCGGAGGAGGGAAUUCGGGUAAGGAGGGCGAGGGUGGUGAUUAGUGAGUGCGUACGGGACGGUGAAGCACAGGAAACGGUGGAUAAAGGGGGCUCGGAAGAGGGAGAGGAGAUCAGUUUGUGCGCGCAGACCGCGAAGAAAGCUCGUGGUCGGUUUGGCUGCAACGAGUCCGCGAGGCUUUGCGGAGUUGCAGCGCGCCGUGCGCCCCGUGGCAGCACGAAAUUAUGAAGCGCAUAAAGUGUGCCCUGCUGGCCACCGUUUUUGAUAGCCGCCGGUGAAUGUGUGACCCGGGGGCAGCAGAGAUCCGCCGUGAUGACGACCGAAGAGACGACCGAGCAGCCCCCGGUAGACGACUGCCUAAAGGAGCGGAAAUGGUGGUGCUUCCUGCUGUCGAGCAUCUUCACCUUCCUCGCCGGGCUGCUGAUCGUGCUCCUUUGGCGUGCGUUCGCCUUCCUCUGCUGUCGCAAGGAACCCGAGUUCGCUCCAAAUGACCCGAAGCAGAAAGAGCAGAAGGCGAACCGCCAGGGCAAAGAGUUCGAGGGGACUUUUAUGACCGAGGCCAAGGACUGGGCCGGUGAACUAAUUUCCGGACAAACCACCACUGGACGUAUCUUGGUGGUGUUAGUUUUCAUUCUCAGUAUAGCGUCGCUUAUAAUAUACUUCAUCGAUGCCUCCAGCGAAGAGGUGGAACGUUGCCAACAGUGGAACAACAACACUACUCAGCAGAUAGACUUAGCUUUCAAUAUAUUUUUUAUGGUCUACUUUUUUAUACGCUUUAUCGCCGCCAGUGACAAGCUGUGGUUCAUGCUGGAGAUGUAUUCGUUCGUGGACUACUUUACGAUACCACCGUCCUUCGUGUCGAUAUAUCUCGAUCGGACGUGGAUCGGACUGAGGUUCCUCCGAGCCCUACGACUGAUGACGGUCCCUGACAUCCUCCAGUACCUAAACAUUCUAAAGACAUCGAGCUCCAUUCGUCUCGCCCAACUCGUAUCAAUCUUCAUCUCCGUCUGGUUGACAGCUGCUGGCAUCAUUCAUUUGCUUGAAAACUCAGGGGACCCGUUCGAGUUCACGAACCCGCAACAGCUUCCGUAUUGGACUUGCGUUUACUUUCUAAUCGUGACGAUGUCUACGGUAGGAUAUGGCGACGUUUACUGCCACACGAUCCUCGGCCGAACAUUCCUAGUAUUUUUUCUACUCGUCGGUUUGGCAAUUUUUGCUAGUAGCAUACCCGAGAUAAUAGAGCUCGUAGGCAGUAGGUCCAAGUACAGCGGCGAAUACAAGCGGGAACACGGAAAGAGACAUAUUGUCGUGUGUGGCCACAUCACCUACGAAUCAGUCUCACACUUUCUCAAGGACUUCUUGCACGAGGACCGCGAAGAUGUUGACGUGGAAGUUGUCUUCUUGCAUAGGAAAGAGCCAGAUCUCGAAUUGGAGGGUCUCCUGAAGAGGCAUUACACGACCGUGGAGUUUUUUCAGGGCACCAUGAUGAAUGCCGUGGAUCUGGAACGCGUCAAGGUACACGAGGCGGACGCGUGUUUGGUACUGGCGAACAAGUACUGUCAAGAUCCGGACGCAGAGGACGCGGCAAACAUCAUGCGCGUAAUCUCUAUCAAGAAUUAUUCGGAUGACAUUCGCGUUAUCAUUCAAUUAAUGCAAUAUCACAACAAGGCCUACUUAUUAAACAUUCCAUCAUGGGAUUGGAAACAAGGCGACGACGUAAUCUGCCUAGCCGAACUGAAGUUAGGUUUCAUCGCGCAGUCUUGUCUGGCGCCGGGUUUCAGCACAAUGAUGGCCAAUCUCUUCGCUAUGCGUUCUUUCAAGACGUCGCCCGAUAUGCAGGCUUGGCAGAAUGACUACCUACGUGGAACCGGAAUGGAGAUGUACACCGAAACACUGAGCCCUACCUUCAUUGGAAUGCCUUUUGCCAAAGCCACUGAGUUAUGCUUCACGAAGUUGAAGCUGUUGCUGCUGGCGAUCGAGAUAAAGGGCGAAGGAGGCGGCGACAGUAAGAUCUCGAUCAAUCCACGUGGUGCCAAGAUCGUUGCAAAUACUCAGGGAUUCUUCAUUGCUCAAUCUGCUGAUGAAGUGAAGAGGGCGUGGUUCUAUUGCAAAGCAUGCCACGAGGAUAUUAAAGAUGAAACUCUGAUCAAGAAAUGCAAGUGCAAAAAUUUGGGGCAGCAGCAGCGCUCCUGGGGCCGGGACUUAGAUGUGGGGAUGAUGAUGAUGCAGACUGGCAUGGUGAAGGGAAACACUGCCUACAACAGUUACCUCGACGUGGCCACAUUCCGGAAAGGCGUGCGAGCUGUUCAAAUGGUUGGAAGAGCAAGUGAAGACUUCUCGUAUGCAAACGACCACCAUCCUCCCCCUACAUUCACUCCGCCAGAACUGCCCAAGAUGGUUCACGUAAGAGGUACAGGUGAGGUCAGUCGCGAACGAGACGACCCGAACGCCAUGAGAAAUCAUCGUAAUUCCGUUGGGAUGACCAUGAUGAAUUCGACGAAGCAGGUAAAUAAGGUGAAACCGAACGUGAAUCGAACGACGAACGACAGUUUAUCAAGUCCGAAUCAACCGUACAAUCAAAGAUCGCAAGAGGAGUCUCCGUACCCUGGCUACCAUCUCGCCUACGAAGUGAAAAAACUUAUGCCAACAAGCAGAGCUUCUGGCGGUACGAACGUAAACAAUAACGGUGGUCUUCAAGUCGGAAUCGCCGACGACCAGGCGAAAGACUUUGAUUUCGAGAAGACCGAAAUGAAGUACGAUUCGACGGGCAUGUUCCAUUGGAGUCCAUCCCGCAACCUCGAAGACUGCAUACUGGAUCGCAAUCAGGCAGCCAUGACGGUUCUGAAUGGACACGUCGUCGUCUGCCUGUUCGCCGAUCCCGACUCGCCCCUCAUCGGACUGAGAAACCUCGUCAUGCCAUUACGAGCUUCCAAUUUCCAUUACCACGAGCUUAAACAUGUAGUGAUAGUUGGGUCUGUGGACUACAUCCGCCGCGAGUGGAAAAUGUUGCAGAAUCUACCAAAGAUAUCGGUGCUAAACGGUUCACCACUAAGCAGAGCAGAUUUGCGUGCCGUUAACGUCAAUCUGUGCGACAUGUGUUGCAUCCUGUCGGCUAAAGUGCCUAGCAAUGAUGACCCCACCCUCGCCGACAAGGAGGCCAUCCUCGCGUCCCUUAAUAUCAAGGCUAUGACCUUCGACGACACGAUUGGAGUGCUCAGCCAAGCGAAUAAUGAGCAAGGUAAUUUGACCGCAGUUGGCAGCCCGAUCGUUUUACAGCGACGAGGAUCCGUUUAUGGAGCGAACGUGCCAAUGAUAACAGAACUCGUAAACGAUAGCAACGUGCAGUUCCUUGACCAGGACGACGACGACGAUCCGGACACGGAACUCUACCUCACCCAACCCUUCGCUUGCGGUACUGCCUUUGCCGUCAGCGUAUUAGAUUCGUUAAUGUCGACGACAUAUUUUAACCAAAAUGCGCUGACUUUGAUCCGGUCGUUAAUCACCGGUGGAGCAACGCCUGAGUUAGAAUUAAUCCUGGCUGAAGGGGCAGGUUUAAGAGGUGGUUACAGUACGGCGGAUAGCCUGGCCAAUAGAGAUCGUUGUCGAGUUGGUCAAAUCGCGUUGUAUGACGGGCCGUUGGCCCAGUAUGGCGAAGGAGGCAAGUACGGUGACCUCUUUGUCGCGGCAUUAAAGUCGUAUGGAAUGCUGUGCAUUGGUCUGUACAGGUACAGGUUUCGAGACACGAGCUCGUCGUGCGAUGCCUCGUCUAAGCGAUACGUCAUUACAAAUCCACCGGAUGACUUUACCUUAUUACCCACAGAUCAGGUGUUCGUGCUAAUGCAGUUCGAUCCAGGUCUCGAAUACAAGCCAAGCAGAGGAGCGAGAGGGAAGGACGACGCCUCCUGACUGUUGCUGUGUAGCGCCCUCACCGACGGACCUUAUUCCUAUAUAUAAUCGUGCAAAAGGAAGCCAUCAUGCCGUCCGUCAACCCUACGGAUCCAUCUAAUCUUCGUUGGCUGGCAUUUUGGUACGACAUCGCGUGUCCUCAACGAAUUAUCGCAAAACCCCGUCCAUAGAGCAAGUCAUCAGCACGUCCGUUUUCUCCGCUGGUCACGUGUUGCCAGCGAUGUUACUCUCGCUAAAUCGCAGCUGGAUCAGUUUCCCUUCAUAGUGUCCGCAGAAUUCUUCGUUCCUUGUUACUCAUCGCUGCGUGAUUCGUUUUUUCUUUUACAUCGUGACCGAACAUUUUUACGUUGAGACGUGGUCGUAGCAAAGAGGAGACACAACCAUCAGUGACGCGUGGGCGAAGAAGUCAAAAAAAAAAAAAAAACGAAGAAAUGAAAAUGAAGAUCUGCGACGACGAGAUAGAACACGGAAGAAAAAGAAAUGAAAUCGAAGGGAAACGGGAAGCGGCAUGGUGAAAAAACGUGGUCCGAGGGUAGCUACACGUUACGCUCUUUAAAUACUCGUAAGAUAUUAAAAUAUAUCGUCCUCCGUUCCGCGAGGGCAAUAUACGGACUGAACGGCUUACCGUGAAGAGUAAAACUGUGUGAUUAAAUCCCCCUCCCCAUCCCUUCAGAAAUAAAGUAACAGAGGAGACGAGAAAUAAAUAUAAUACCUAAACAAACAAAAAAUAAAUAAAUAAAAUAAAAACAAUGCGAAGCAAGCAGCUUAAAACCUUAAACGCUUGAGAACAUCUUCAAGGCUGAUCGCUGAGGAAUUGUAAUUCGCCUUUGCGACUUUAAAAGUAUACCAUCGCUGUAGCUCAUUCAAGAUAAUGUAAAUAGGUACAGAAGAGAUGAAUAUAUUGUCGUUCUACAGUAAACUGUAUAAAAAAAAAAAGAAGACGAUGACGAUGGAGGAUACACCCGCCGGAGGAUACAGAAGAGAUAUGAAGAAAAUUUAUUCAGAUCGAUUCUCAUCAAGACAUUUUUUGUCCUUAAAACGUAAAAUGCAUUGUUCACUUCGCAGGGCAGAGUCGUGUGUUCGUCUCUCAUAUCGUGAUUUUGUACCUUGCCUUGUCUGCAAAAGAUAUAAAGAAGAAAAAAAUUAACGUAUGCAUAUAUGUACAUGUAUGUGUAUACAUGCAUAUGCAGGGUGGCCCCUGCAACUGCGACAGACUGCAACUCUUAGCUACGAGACAACCAAAACUGGUAUAGGAAAGCAUCGUACGAUUUAGUAAAGUUUCCUUAAGAACUCUAUGACAUAACCUCAUAACUCUAUGACAAAGGUGCUGAAGCAAGACGACUAUGGAGUACCUCAGAAGUUAUUCCAAUUCGUUCACGUUAGGAUUUAUCAAACAUAUGGAUUUCAAAAUUUCAUUGUAUCCUGUGUAAUAUUACCAGAUUAUUCAAUACUUGCAUUACAAUCAUUUCAAUGAUUUUAUUUCAUUUGAAUUUGUAUCGUAACCGAGCUGUAUCGUCUUGCAGGUGAGAAGUCGAUUUCCCUGAUUCGUACGAUGCGUUUCGCUGGUUUACUUCAAUCUUAAUGAAAAAAAGACUACGACUCGUUUCGGUUGCAAGGAUCACCUUGUAUAGAUAGUUUUAGAUCGUAUCACUUGCAAAUGAUGUGCCGAGAUAUAAUAUAGAGUGCGUGUGAACGGGAGUGCGGGGCUACGUGUAACCUUUACCUCGUGUCUUGUGUUGUGGCUAAGGACAAAAAAAUUUCAAUCAAGUACUUUGUACAGGUUCUAUACAUAAACGUAUAUAUAUGUAUUUAUACAAGCGCAUGUAUAUAUAUAUUUAUAAUGUGUAUAUUUAUACAUAUAUAUAUACAUGAUAAAAAGACCCUUUUCCACACGACUUUGAGUAUAAAUCGACUAUAUAUAUAUACACAUAUAUAUAUAUAUAUAUAUGAAAAUUAUAGGUAUAUAUGCACAUAUGUGUGUAUACAUAGACACUCUCUCUUUUAUAUAUUUUUGUGAAACUCACGUACGUGUAUAUACGAAUGUACAUAUAUACAUACAUUCAUACACGUAUACAGAUAUGUAUGUAUGCAUGUAUAUCCAUAAUGUAUAUGUAUACAUACAUGUAUGUAUAUAUACAUAUAAGGAUGAAUGGAAGUAUACAUACGUAAGGAAAAUACACGGAUACACCUAUACACACGAAUACUUCUUCGCUCUCGCUCUCUAUCUCUUUCUCUAUCUCUCUCUGUGGCACUCGCGCACCCUUUAUAUGCGCGUGUGCGUGCUGACACUAAUUCGAUAUACGCACACGUACGAGAACGAAGUAUGCCCGCGCACGGGCAGAGACCGGACGAAACUUUAUUCGAAUACAGCGAUUUAUUCGUGACGUUUAUUCGAUCCGAAUUUGUAUUCGUUCAUCGUAAAAAAAAAAAAUUUCAUAAGCGGUUGUAUGUAAACAGAAACGAAUAUUCCAUUCUACGAUUCAAGCUACGAGUUUCGUUCGCACGAGUAACGAAUAUAUAUCGCGUUCACGUUUUAUUCGUUACUCGAAUAUUUUGGAUCUGAAGUAGAGCGUUGCCCCGGUCUCUGAUACACGUGCACGCAUACACGGAAACAACACGGUCACAACGAUACAAAUUCACGGGCACACGCGCCUAAAAAAAAAAAAAAAAAACGACGACACCCGACGAAAACUAAUGGAUGGGACGAGGGAUCGGACAAAACGGGAGCCAGGGGAUGCGAUUAGCGCGCGGCCGAACGACAAUACACGGAACUGUGGGAUGUGCAAACGCGUGAAAGAGGGGGGAAAACGACAAAGAGAUCAUAAAAAAGUAAAUAAAUAAAUAAAA